AUGAAGCAAGAGCCAGUCUGGAAAGUUGGCCCUGUCAUGGAAAGCAUCUAUAGCACGCUCCAACAAAUCCUCCGCCUUGUUGAGAAAUCCCCUAAGAUCUAUCUGGACGACGCUUUCUUGAGCGAGAUCAGUGUUCGGAAACAUGAAUGGGAUCUAGCCGACACAGAUGACUUCUUCGCUUGCAUGACAGAAGAAGAACUUGCCCAUCUUAGGCCAUCUGACCCUAUACCGGACGAAGCUAUACCGUACGAAGAUGUCGAGUAUCCAGAAUCUGCUCAACCUCAAAACGUGUUCGACCUCGAAAGUUCCGGUGUCCGAAUUGAAGAAUGGUUUCAUGAACUUCAAAAGCGGAAGGUAUCCAUCGACGGGUGUGGUUGUAUUUGGCCAGAAGGCUCGUCCUCUUGGGCCCCUCGUGAGCUUUUCAAAUACGAAUAUCUUUCCCGCGGAAGAAGAAACCCACCUCACGUACCUUGGACUCUUUCCGGGGCCUAUUACAACGACGACCAACCCCAUCAGAUUUACCACGCGUGGCACGGAGACGAGGGAAGAGAAGGGAUCAUUCUGCGGAGCGAGCUUCAGAUCUUGAUCAGAUGUAUGAAGGGGAGAAUGGCGGAUCCGGCGCUCUGCAUACAUAACGUUCCAGUGCUCCUACUCUCCAUCCACGGCACCAAAGCCCGAAUCAUGAUUGCCCACUUCAACAUGAAGAGAAAGACACUCGAUAUCAAAUGCAGCGGAUUCGAGCAAUUCGAUGGCUUCGAAGCAAAAGAAAACACAGGAACUACAGACGGCUGUGCGAGACCUCACGACUUCGAGGCGAAGAGGGACCUUUUCUUUAGAUGGCUCAAUCCGAUUUGUCAAGGGGAUACAUAUUUGAAGGACUCGGAGGACGCGCCGGAAAUGGUCUUACGAGGGCCAAAGGGGAGAAAGCGGCUGGUGCCGCGUCACUUGCCACCACCGUCUUCGAGCUCGGAGUCAACUGAGAUCCUCGAAUAG